AUGAUAUCUACUAGAGUUGCAAGCAGAUCCGCCAGAAUUGCAUUUAAAGGUGUCGGCAAUGCCGCAAGAAUCAACGUUGCAAAUCGUUUCUUGAGAACUAAGGCUUCUCCUUCUGCUCAGAGGAAACCGUCCGAAUCUAAGUCGAAAUUUAAUAAAACUACAAAGGCUUCUCUUCUUACUGGUGCCUCUUCUUUGACCCUUUUUCUAUCUUACUUUCUUUCUGAUAAUGAUAAAGACGGUGUUUCGGUUAAAGAGGUUAAAAUGCACAACAGAAUCGAUGAUUGCUGGAUUGUCAUCGAUAAUGAGGUUUACGAUAUUACCAAGUUCUUGUCUCAACAUCCGGGUGGUGUAGCAAGAUUGAUGGAGUUUGCUGGUAGGGAUGCAACUGAAAGGUUCUACCAGAUGCAUUCUAGUGCGACUCUGGAGAAGAUGAAGGAACAUUUGGUUUACAUUGGUAAAUUGAAAGGUGCAUUUGAUAAAGAGCUCUCUGAAGAAGAGAUUAGAAUCAUAGAACACAAGGCCAAGAUUCCACCAUUGAGAAAAAUAUUCUGUUUAUCUGACUUCGAAGCAGUGGCCAAGCAGGUGUUGCCAAAAUCUACGUUCUUUUACUAUGCCACUGGUUCCUCUGAUGAAUAUACUCUUCGUGAAAACCAUUAUGCCUAUAGUAGAGUGUUCUUCAGACCGAAGAUCCUGCAAGAUAUCGAGGAAGUCGAUACCAGUACGAAAUUCUUGGGCGCCAAAGUUGACUUACCAAUUUACAUUACAGCCUUUGCUGGUUCUAGACUUGCCCAUCCUAUGGGUGAACUGAACUUGCAAUCUGCGGCUUACGAUGCUAACGUUAUGCAAAUGGUGCCAAAACAGAACUCCUACAGCCAUGAAGAAUUCUUCCCACAUGUCCCAGAUGAUCAAAACCAAUGGUUGCAAUUCCACUUUGACACUCAAGAAGAACUUGAUAACUUGGAUAAAUGGGUCGAAAGAGCAGGCACUCUACCAAGUGCUAAGGGGUUGUUUUUCAAUGUAGAUCUUGCAGAUAUUGGCAACAGAGAAAAGGACUCAAGACAAAGAGCCUCUCAACCUGGUAGUGAAUACUUAGAUGAAAUGACUGAUAAUAAGUUCGGAAGUCAUCCAAAGAUUACCUGGAGCACCAUCGAGAGAGUCAUGAAAAACACUCAUCUUCCAGUGGCUUUGAAAGGUGUUCAAAGAGGCGAAGACGUUGUGAUCGCUGCUCAAAAGGGGGUGAAAGCUGUCAUUUUGUCUAACCACGGUGGUAGACAAUUAGACUUUUCCAGACCACCUCUAGAAGUUCUUGUCGAAGCUAAGCAAAUGUUGAAAGAAAAGAACUUAGAUGGCAAAAUUGAAAUCUAUCUAGAUGGUGGUGUUCGUAGAGGAUCAGACAUCCUCAAAGCCCUUUGUCUAGGUGCUACAGGUGUCGGUAUGGGACGACCAUUCCUUUACGCGAUGUCUGGUUAUGGGGAGGAAGGUGUUACCCAUCUAUUCAACAUUCUUCGCACUGAAAUUGAGAAUAACAUGAGACUGUUGGGUGUUGACAAAAUCGAGGACCUCGAUGAAUCAUUGGUAGACUUCAGAAGUCUUUCAUUCAAGAACCCUAGGAUCAAUGAUGCACUUUAUGACCAAGCAUAUGAGCCAUUGCAAUUCCCUGAAUUUAAGUAA